CGAGAGAAAUCCAUCAGCCAUGGCAGCCGAUGAAUCAUCAAAAAAAGCGAUGAGUUUAAAUCAACUUCACAAUCGUAAUCUCACCGCUUCUCGCUCCAACUUCCUUUCCGAAAUGAAGAAUCAGGAACGGCAAGUGAAAAACGACGUUCCGUCUUUCAAUCUCACCGAUUCUGAUUCACCUUCUCCAAUCGUAACUAGAAAUGUUGUUACUGAAGAUACAACUAAAUCUGAAAUGAAAAAGCCGGAAGUAGUAAAGGAAGAUGAUAUUCCUUUGUUUAAUCUCACCGAUUUUGAUUCUCCUUCUCCACCUGAAGCUAUAGAAAGGGUUGUUAAUGAGAAGAAAUUGUUGUCGGUAGAAGAAGAUGAUGAUUACGAAGAUAGUGAUUCUUUGUUUGAUGAAGAAGAGAGUGCUGCGUUAAAAGCUUUGAGUGAAGAUGAAAACAAAACCACCAAGCAACGGGAAAGUAGUGGGUCUUUUGCUGAAGAUGAUAGUUCUGUUUUAGAUGAUUUUGAAUCUCCGGAUGUGGAAGUAGAGAAACAGCAGAAGGUUAAAAUAACUGGACGAAGGAGGCUGUGCAAAGUUGUGGUUAAAGAUGACGAGGAAGAUGAUAGUUUCCACGACGUGGAACCAAAUUUCUCAGCUGUCGUUUCUGAAUUUGAUUCACCUAGCCCUGUACAGAACGAAGAGAACAAGUGUGACGGGGGUGAUGAAAUUAGAGAUAUUCUUAGUAGUUUAAGUUCAAAGUUUGAGGUUUUAUCAAUUGAGAAGGGAAAACGCCCCACUAAACAUAUUUCAGAUUUCUCUGAUUUGGUUACGAAAGAAAUGUUCAAUCAGCAGAAGACAGUUGAAUCCUUGAAACCUGUAGAUAUUGAAAGUUCUUCAUUUUCUACCUCAUCGUACCAGCCUGAUUCAUCACUGAAGGUAACUACCACCAGAAAGGGAAAAUUUAAUGGCGGAUAUGUGAAGAAAGAAGUAGGGAAAGCUGUAUCUAAAGAUAGUUUUAUUCGUCCUAAUAAGCCUCAGAGAGAGGAUGAUGAUGAAAAUUGUGUUGUUACAAGUGGACAGAAGUUUAUCCCAAAGGCGGAGACGAGGCCUGUCAAGGCGUCUGGAGAUUUUAACAAGAUUUUUACAUUAAAUGACGAAUCAGAUUCUGCCGUGGGCGAUGAUGAGCCAUUUUCUUUGAGUAACCCAAAGUUCAAUUUUUCAUUACCUACUGCUAUUGCGAAGAUUCUUUACCCUCACCAGCGUGAAGGGUUGAAAUGGCUUUGGUCUCUUCAUUGUAAAGGAAAGGGCGGUAUAUUGGGUGAUGAUAUGGGGCUUGGGAAAACAAUGCAAAUUUGUAGCUUUUUGGCGGGCCUAUUUCACUCAAAAUUGAUAAAGAGGGUGUUGAUAGUUGCUCCUAAGACACUUCUACCCCAUUGGUUGAAAGAACUAGGUGUUGUUGGUCUUUCACGAAAGACAAGAGAGUACUUUGGAACUUGUGUCAAAGCUCGAGAAUAUGAGCUCCAGUAUGUACUACAGGAUAAGGGUAUUCUUCUUACAACUUAUGAUAUUGUUCGCAAUAAUGUCAAAUCUUUAUCCGGAGAUUAUGAUGAGUUGGUGGAUGAUGAUGAUGUUACUUGGGAUUAUAUGAUCCUUGAUGAGGGGCAUCUCAUAAAGAAUCCUAGUACACAAAGAGCUAAAAGUUUGCUUGCGAUACCUUGUGCUCAUCGUAUAAUUAUUAGUGGCACUCCACUGCAAAAUAAUCUUAAGGAACUAUGGGCUUUGUUUAAUUUCUGCUGUCCUGAACUUCUGGGUGAUAAGAAAUGUUUCAAGGACAAAUAUGAGUCAAUGAUUCUUCGUGGCAAUGAUAAAAAUGCAUCUGACAGAGAUAAAAGAAUUGGUUCAGCUGUUGCACAGGAUUUAAGAAAAUGCAUUCAACCAUAUUUUCUUCGCCGUCUUAAAAAUGAGGUGUUUCGUGAGGAUGGUGGCUCAAAUACGGCCAAACUAUCAAAAAAGAAUGAAAUUAUUGUGUGGUUAAGACUAACAAGUUGCCAGCGUCAACUAUAUGAAGCCUUCUUGAAAAGUGAGAUUGUACUUUCAGCUUUUGAUGGUUCACCUCUUGCUGCUCUCACGAUAUUGAAAAAGAUAUGUGAUCAUCCACUUCUGUUAACAAAAAGAGCUGCUGAAGAUGUGUUAGAAGGGAUGGACUCGGUACUAAAUCAAGAUGAUCAUGGGGUUGCUGAAAAAUUAGCGAAGCACAUUGCAGAUGUUGCAGAUAGAUAUGACAUUAGGGAUAACCAAGAAAAUCUUUCAUGCAAAAUUUCAUUUAUUUCGUCUUUACUGGAUAAAUUGAUACCAGAAGGUCAUAAUGUUCUUAUAUUUUCGCAGACUCGCAAAAUGCUAAAUCUUAUUGAGGAUACUCUUAAUGCUAAAGGCUACAAGUUCUUGCGGAUUGAUGGUACAACUAAAGCUAGUGAUAGAUUGAAGAUUGUCAAUGAUUUUCAAGAGGGUGUUGGAGCUCCAAUUUUUCUUUUAACUUCUCAAGUUGGUGGCUUAGGACUUACUCUAACGAAGGCUGAUCGUGUCAUUGUGGUUGAUCCUGCUUGGAAUCCAAGUACCGAUAAUCAAAGUGUUGAUCGUGCAUAUCGUAUUGGCCAAAAGAAGGAUGUUCUUGUUUAUCGUUUAAUGACUUGCAGUACCGUGGAAGAGAAGAUAUAUAGAAAGCAGAUAUACAAAGGAGGUUUAUUCAGAAGUGCUACUGAACACAAAGAGCAAAUUCGUUACUUCAGUCAGCAGGAUCUUAGGGAGCUUUUCAGUAUCCCCAAGCAGGGUUUUGAUGUUUCUCUAACUCAACAACAGUUACACGAAGAGCAUGAUUCUGAACACCAAAUGGAUUCGUCUCUUAAAGUCCAUACAAAAUUUUUGGAGUCUCUUGGUAUAGCAGGCAUCAGUAAUCAUAGUUUGCUUUUCUCCAAAACUGCUCCUGUGCCGGUUGUUGAAGAGGAGGAGCUUACAAGGAUUAGGCAAUCAACAUACGCGGGAAACUCGUAUUCACGUCCCUCGCAGGAACAAAAUGUGGAUGCUGCUCAAUUUGCUUUCAACCCUAAGGAUGUUGUGCGUAAGAAGAAUAUCUCCCCAAGUAUAUCCAAUAAACUAACAGAAUCAGAAAUCAAACAACAAAUCAAUCGACUAUCUCAAGUUUAUGCCAACAAGGAGAUGGUGUCAAGGCUGGGAGACAAUGGUGAGAAGAUAAAGAAGCAGAUUGCCGAGCUGAAUUCAGAGCUUCAUAAGCUUCGGGUGUUGAAAACAGGGGAAAUAGAAACCAUUGAUUUAGAUGAUGUUGUUGAUGAUUUCAACAGGGUAAUGAAUGUUUAAACCUUGAGGUUGCUGGAAAACAUGAUCUCUAUGUUUUUGAAAAUAUUAACCCAUCCUAUGUUUAUUUCAUCUUCCACUGUACCAACUGCGUUACAGCUUCAUGUAGAUCGUUCUUAUGUGGCCGUUGGUAACUUUAUAUGGCUUUUUGAAUACUAAUGCAGAUGGUUUUUGGAUGUGGUUUAUAUCA